AUGGGAGAGGUGCUCAUUUUACAGGAGGCAGCCGCAGGCCGUUGCAUGCUUGGAAUCUCAAGCAUGCUAACGACCCAUGACUGUGACCCUGGAGCGAGGCUCGAAGGCUUGGGCUUCAGCAUUGUUGGCGGUGCAGGGUCGCCGCACGGCGAUCUCCCUAUCUACGUGAAGACAGUGUUUGAAGAAGGUGCCGCGGCUCGCGACGGCCGACUACGCCGCGGACACGCUAUUCUGUCGGUCAACGGCAACUCGCUGGAAGGACUGUCGCACCAGCAAGCCGUUGAACUCCUUCGUGAUGCCCGUGGAACUGUCGAACUCGUUGUUCUCGACACGUCGGUCCUAGAGACAGCAGCUCCGAGCCCUGCGCAAAGUCCUACGGCAACCACGCCGCCAGCGUCGCUGUUCACCGUGACUGAUCAAUUGUCGUGA